UCUGGUGUCAGACUCAGAAUUCAGAACGAGAACAGUGGUAAAUUCCGAUGAAGUGUGAUUUGACUUAGAAACUUUGGGGAUAUAUAUAUCUGUGUAUUAAAAAUCUUGAAGCAUAAUAGUUAAAAGAUGCUGUUAAAAGUGCUCAAGUAUCGGUUCAAUCUAGGUUCCAUUCGAUUACUUUCAACAGUUGCGUUACCUGAGCAGACAGAGCCCGCUUCAGAUAAAGAGAAAAAUGUCCUCAAUCAUCCAGAUUAUUUCGGAGUCCAUCGUCUGUUCACCGUGGAGGAUCUCUUCAUAGCAAAAGUUCAUUUAGGACAUAAAGAAGGAACUCUGCAUGAUAACAUGAAAGGUUACUUAUAUGGAAGUAGAUUGGGGCACUGUAUUUUGGAUCUAGACAAAACUGCUGAAUAUUUACGACUUGCAUUAAACAUAACUGCUCAUGUUGCAUACCGAGACGGCAUCAUACUGUUUAUCAAUCGCAGUCCUCAGAAUGGCCACAUGGUAGAUAAAACAGCGAUUGAAUGUGGUGAAUAUUCGCAUACAAGGUUUUGGAGAAGUGGAAUUUUCACCAACUCUAAGGUACAGUUUGGAGCUGUCACUAGACUUCCAGAUUUGUGUAUUUUCAUUAAUACUUUGAAUACUGUUCUUGAUAUGCAUCCAGCUGUUAAAGAUUCAGCUAAAAUGUCAAUUCCUACUGUCGGAAUUGUUGAUACGAAUUGCAAUCCAAACUUAAUAACAUACCCCGUUCCUGGUAAUGACGAUACCCCCUCUGCAAUUGAGCUUUACUGUAAGUUAUUUAAAAAUGCUAUUUUAUUGGGUAAAGCCAGAAGGAAGGAAAACAAUCACGAAAAUGAAAAGAGUUAGUUGACUUGCAAGAAUAUUUAUAGAGUAAAUAAAACAAUAGUUUAAAAAAGUGCGUGAAAAUUGGAUUGAAAGAA